AUGGCGGCGAGCUUCUGCCCAUAUUUUCCGAAAGAGAUGUUGGAGAUAAUAUUUUCGUGGCUACCCGCCGACUCUUUGAUACGUUUCAAGCGCGUUAACGAGUUCUGGUAUGACCUGAUUCGUGACCUCAUCAAAGACAAAAAAUUUGUGACAAAGCACCUCCACAAUUUGAGCAACAACGAGUCCUCUGCAUCCUUAGUCUUAAGUCCCUCUUGCCCCAACGACUACCAUGACCCCACAAUCUGCUCUGGACACAGAAGGCUGUUGCUCACCUCAUUUAGUGAUGAUCAUGAAAACGGCCGUGCUCGUUCCGUCACUGAACUUCUCAACUUUCCACUUGCUUGGGGUGGACUCUGUAGGUGGCUUAAUUGGGAGGAAGCUAAGCUUCUUCUGAAAUCGAAGAAUUCCAAUAACUAUUCGUGUGUGGCAGUAGGAUUUGGAUACGACUCUGUAGCUAACGAUUAUCAUUUUAUUAGGAUCUUUAAGGGGUCAAAAUUCAAAGCUGAGUUAUAUUUCAAAGCUGAGUUAUAUAGCCUUGGAUGCUGUUAUUGGGGAAUGGAAGAUUAUAAGGAGGACUUUGUUAUCCUUUGUUUCAAUAUGUCAACUAAGAAAUUUCAUAGUAUACCGAUCCCAGAUGCUAUCAAAAGCUGGACGUCCUUUUUGUUGUGGAAUGAUUCGAUUGCCUUUCUUGACUAUAAUAAAGAAAGAGAGAAUCCGAAUUCAGUAUCCAUUGAAAUAUGGGUUAUGGAUGAAUAUGAUCUUGCUAAGUGUGAUGAAGGUUCUUUUACAUGGAGCCCAGAUCUGGCUAAAGAAGCUUGA